AUGACGGUGACGUAUGAGGAAAAAGAGAACCUCUUUGCAUCAUCAUCGUCAGCCGAUAUUUGCCCCUCUACAUUGGUGUUGUCAAUAAAAGUGGAAUCAACUUUCUUAGCUUUUAUCAUCGCGUUUGCCUGCAUCGCUCUCGUGAUACCUUCCUACUUCCUCGUCUUGGGAAUACUCUCCCUAUUUUCAAGGUCCAGGUGUGACGAUGAAUUGGAAACUGGAGCCUUAUUCCCUGUAGCCGAGAACACAAAUUGCAAUGAUAAAGCUUUGGUGGUUGUUACUUUACUCAUCGUUCUCGUUUGCUGUGUCCUUAUAUCUGGCAUGGCAGUGAGCAACGAACAGGCUCGUGAAGCUGCCUCUGAUGGUAGGAACGUGAUCAGCUGCGCAUGCGCCGACCUCGCCUCCUGGCUGUCAGCAGCAGCGCGUGAGCUACACCACAGUCUUGUACCACCUGUGGAUCUAGUGCUGCAUGCUUAUAAACAGGAUUUGAAAAAUGUAAUACCAUUAUUAGGAGAGCCAAUCCAACAAGCAAUAUCAGCAGAGAGUGGCAUCGAUUUAGUUUUCGAUUCUCUUGUUGACAUAAUCUCUGAAAGCCUCGACCUCUCGUCCAAAAUAUCUACAUUAAGAGACGUUAGCGUCAGAGCAGGAUCAUUGGCGUCAGCUGCGUCAGAUAGAGUCAGGGACUUAGCUCGCCAAAUUGAAAACCUAAAGAAACAUUGCACUUUAAAAGACUUGCCGCUUUGUGAUACUAUUAAUACAAACUCGUUGGAAUUGAAAAUGAAGUUUGAUUUGAUCCUACACGAGCAACAGUUAUUGGAACUGCGCACUUUAGGCGUUGAGAAUUUGACUCGAGCUAUACGCGUAGCCCGGGAGGAGUUCAAAACUUUGCCGUCAGCUAUAUUAGCGCAGACAACACAAGUUAGAGAGGAUAUCCUUAGAGACGUGGAAACACGGAGACAAGCUGUUCACAGUUCUGCUAAAAUCCUUAGUGACAUUGUGCGCCAUCUAACGUCCGGGCUACACACUAUAGCCAGUCAAUUGGAAUCGAGUCUCGAGAGAGUCCAUAGAUAUGAGUUCGCGCGGUGGACACUCAUGUUAGCAUGCAUUGUAACGUUUGGCUUUGUUAUGGUGCUUAUACUGAUGGCUUUGCUUUGUGGUUGCGGUCAUGCGAAAAACCAUGCGAAAAGAACGCUUAAGGUAUCAGCCGUCUGGUUAUGUCUAGCGUCCCUUAUACUCUGGGGCGUAGUAUCCUCGGUGUUCCUCAUAGCUGGUCAUGCGGAGGUAUACGUCUGCCAUGCGUUAUGGGAUGCGCCGCAAUAUGAAACGCUAACGGCUCUAUUAGACAGACCGUCGCCGCUCCUGCCAAAAAACGAAGGUAUCUUCGACGCCAUGUUCCGAGAACUUGAGAACAUAACUAUCGAUGUAUCGGUGAAAGAUGUGCUCAGAGAUUGCGAGAGAGACCGGCCGGCCUACAUAGUGUUUCAACUGGACAAAAUAUUGGAUGUUAAUAAGGAGACCUCAUAUUUUGAAUGGGAAGAAUUACAAUCUGACUUCAGGAAACUAUCGUCAUCAAUUGACGUUGGACUGCUGAAAACAAUAUCAGUUAAUUUCAGUAAAUUGUUAAACGAAAUGCUCUAUGUUUCAGACGUCAAUAUAGCUAAAUAUAGAAUGGAUUACAAUGUGCCCGUAGUAAGCAAAGAUCUACCUUCUUUGGUCGAUCAACUGGAAAAUAUAGCUGCUCAAGUUACAGAUUUAACUACGGCAGGAAGAUUGGAGACUAUAGCUUCAAGAGCUCAAAGGCUGUACUUGACAAACAUAAAACCACUUGAACAGUUGCGGGCUGACGUGGUGUUCAAGUUGACGGAGUUGGAGCUACAGUUGUCGCCUUUUAGAAGAAAACUCAACAUUUCUUUAAGUCACAUACAUACAGCGCAGUUUUAUAUCGACAACCAAGGGGAUGUUAUUGCUCAGAAGAAAGUAUCAAUGUACAUCUCGCGGUUGGUCUCCCACGCCGCUGGUUGGAGAACUCACGUGCUUAUAUCAACUGGGAAGCAUGCUGCUAGAUGUCGUCCUCUGUAUGCUGUGUAUUCUGCCGCCAGGUCUUUGCUAUGUUCCAAAUAUGUUUCUUCUUUGGUAAGAUUCUUUCCAACUUUACAUUUAUCCAUAUUGAACGGUAUACUUAAUGCAUGGCAAACUGAGAUAUUAUGUCAGCAAAGAGAAUACGUGUCACUUUUCCUUUGUUACUAG